UCUCUCCAAUCAAGCUACUGCGCAGGCAUUGAGUAGUGUGCUCUAUGCCGCCAACCCGCCUAUACGGGGUGGAGGCCUCUUAAACUCGUUCAUGACACUCGCGGCUUCGGGUGCUUCGUCCAAAGAGGUGGAAAGGAAGAUGAGCGAGAGUAUGGGGCGCACUAUGCUUGGAUUAGGCCACGCGGCAUUCGAUUCCACUUCACCGGUAGAAAGGGCUACUGCUGCGGGCCAAGUUGUCCCAUUUAUUGCUGGUCUAGGAGUGACUGCGCUUCUUGGGAUCGUGUUGGCUGGGAUGGCAAUGAUGGCGGAUAAAACAGCCAUUGUGGUUCCUCCAGAGGUCGAUCGUCCAGCGGUUACCGCCAAUAGGGAAGAGAAAGUGGUCAACACCAUUGGUAUUGCACGGCGAAGGUUGUGCGACCCGACCGGUCUCGUUUAUGAAGUGUUUGAGAAAGAUGGGGAUAGAGCUGGAACAAGAUGGAUGUUAGAUGGAGGAAAGAUGUUUGACUCAGGCUCUCCCGGUGCUGGUAGUGGGCUGGAGCUCGAUGACCGACGAGAGGGGCAGACCUUGCUCGAUUCAGAUCGACGAAUCGAUGCAGAGAAAGGUGGCUCUAUUGGCAUCGGCGUCUUUAACGUCUCGGAGGAGUUGGGCGCUGAUACUAGAUCGAGCAGUAGAGACGUCCCAAGGGACCAGCAAACCUUGCGCAGGCCCAAACCAAAGAAUUAUAUAAAAGAAGUCUAUCCGGAUCGUACAAAUUUCGAUCCUCGAAUUGUAAAGGACCUCGAGGAUUCUUCUUUCAAUCCUGAACCUAUUCCUGUCCCUCCAGGCAAGCGACCGGCAAACAAGCUCAAGUACCCGUGGGCUCCGUUCAAUUCAAAAAUAGACUUUCUCUUUGCUAAGGAAAUACGAGAAAGCGGAGUUCCGAAGAAAUGCGUCGAUUUCCUCCUAAAGAACAUCCGCAAUGGUGCCUUCCAAGAACUAACCUUCACGUCCGCGGAGGCUAUGUAUAAGUUUGAGAAGAAGUCCUUCAAUUAUAAAUGUCAAGGAUCCGAUGAAGAGCAAAUAUAUACUGUAUGGGUCAGGGAUGGCAUGAAAGCACUCGUCUCUCUUGCCCAAGACUCUUCUCUGGCACCAUAUUGGAUCUGGCAUGCAAGGAAACGCUUUUUGCAUAUUAAAGGAUUCAAUUCAGAGCGCAUAAUUGAGGAUCCAAUGAAUGCCGACGAUGCUUGGGAAUCCGAGAAGGAACUUCCGAAUGACCCAUCUCAUGUCAACAUCUAUCUGAUUCUACAUUCCGAUGAAGUAAAGUUGGCAAAUUCGACAUCCCUUACUCCAGUCUCUAUCCGUAUUGCUAAUCUACCAGAGCAUAUCUCUGGCAAGAACUCGACAUAUGGAGGCAACAUGACAAUAGGCUUCAUCCCGGAUGUGCCACCCGAAGCGGCAGGCUCAGUUAGGUACCAAGCAAUGGAAACUAUCUUAAAAUCGCUGGCUGAAAAUGUCGGCUGUGGCGUGAGAGUACGGUGCGGAGACGGGGCAAUUCGUGUCUUACAUCCUCGAAUCCUGAGCAUUAGCCAAGACUUGAAGGAGCAGUCUUUGUCUGCGGGCCUUGCGAGCGCCAGUGAGCACUGUCCUAGGUGCUCGGUUCCAAAGGACCACCAAGGAGACCUGAAAUUUGACGUGAAAAUAAAUAAAAGACCCAAUAAGGAUAGCCAUUGGGACUUCCCUGGACUAUCCAUAUCUAGUUCAUUGUCUUUCGACAUCCUUCACAGCGGCUACGAAGGUCUCUUUGGAGACCACAUAUGGAAGUUUAUCUGGAAAAAACUUUUGACCAACGCCCAAACCCAGCUCACUCAAAGAUUUAAGAAGGCACCCGUUCACCCAAACCUCCAAAGCAUCAAUACAAUUCUGCCUGGGAUUAAGACGGGUCAAAUGCAUUGGGCGAUGCUUCAGCAAGUCUUGCCUUUAUGCUGGGACCUGAUACCGCAAGAAUAUGAAGUCGUCAUUGCAUUUACUCGCAAGCUUGCCUGCUUUUUCAUGGUCCUGCAAUUCAAGCGGCAGUCAGAAAGGCGCUUGAAGGAAGGGCAACGUUUACUCGACGAGAUGAACGAAUUACUUAAAGCUAUGAGGGCAAUGCCCGCCAAGAAGAGUUGGAACUUUCCCAAGAUGCAUCAACUCUGUCAUGCACUAGACGAUAUCAGAAACAAGGGACCGACGCCUUUCUUGUCCUGUAUCCUCGGCGAGCAAAUGAAUUGUGAACUGAAAAAUGAUUAUGGGAGAUCUAACAAGAAAGAGCCUAUCAAAGCUGCACGUAUCCUCUCAAAUCUUAUCUGA